AUGGUUCAGCUGCUAAAAGCAAUAGCGCUACAAGUGUGUGUGCAGCUGGCUGGACGAAUCACAGACGUCGGGUCCACGCCGUAUGGACUUGUCAAGCCCAUACUUAAGAAGAUGACUCUGAAGCAACUAGCAAUUGUGGAAACAAACAGCCCGACGGUGAUGCCAGAGUCUGAUGAAGUGUGGGGGCUUCUUAUAGAAAAAGACUUCCCCGAUAGACCUAUCCAUGGCGGUACCAAGCAGGAGCUCGUGAUUGGGGAACUCACAGACAUGCCCAAUCGGGCGCUGUACAAGAAAUAUAUGGAAGAAAGAGACAUAUUCAGGGCAUCCUCGGCACAGAGGCUACGGAAGAUGACGGAGAAGCUACGGAAGGAGAAGUCGAAGAACUCAAUCACGCCGAUCCCUAGUAUAAUUAGGACAACGCCCAUACGACGCAAUUAUAAUGGUGACCCUCUGCUGAGAUACUCCUCGUCUUCACGGUCGCCCAAGACCAUAUUGGGCAAGGCUAUGAAAGAUAUACAACAGCGAAAACUCAUGUUUGGCAAUAACCGCAGGCCAACGUACGAUGCAUACACUGAGUUUAGGAAAAGACCUCCUCCAUCGUCUUCUCCACUGAUGCCUCGUCUGAAAUUGCUACAUCAGAAAGAACAAGCGGUGCCAAAGGCAUCAGUGCAGUCAGCACAGCCACCAAGAUUGUCUUCUCCGCCUUCUGGGCACCAGACCUCUCCUAAGAAACGCCCAGGUGAGCCAGUCAUAUUCCUACCGAAGAAAAAGAUGCCACCACGAGCUCCCAGAAUCCCGCCAGAGCUGAAACAGGACAUCAAACAACAACCACAUUCUCCAAAGGGCGCUUUGAAGCCGAAAGUGAAACUGUCAAUCUUUCACUAA